AUGGUCGUGCAUAGAAGAGGCGGUAGACCUAGUGGAGGAGGCAGAAGAAAGCAAAGAACACCGGCGAGAAGAAGAUCACAAUCCACCUCGGACGAGAAUAGCUCUGAUGGCGGCUCUAUCACUCGCUGCGUCUGUGGUGAGACUCAUAGUGUUGGUUUGAUGGUUCAAUGCGACAAGUGUGAGGUGUGGCAGCACUGUGAGUGCAUGGGACUCGAGCAGCCAGACAUACCUGAUCACUAUUAUUGCGAGCAAUGUAAGCCAGAGAACCACAAGAGUCUUCGUCAACACAAUGGAAGAACAAAACGCCAAUAUGUUUCGACUGAACGUGCAGCAGCCAUCGUGAAAGCACCAAAGAAAAGAAUGACGCUCAACAGUCGAGAAGCAAGCAUGUCGCUGGAAGAUGUUCUGGCAGCGAGAAGCGCAUUGGAGAUGUAUGAGUCGCAUAAGGAUGGCGACUCGCCUCAAGCAAACUCGCAUCCACCUGUUGACACCAACGCAUCAGGUAACUCCCCACUAACACAUCAAGACGCAGACAUGGAAGCCACAACUACAGCGACAUCGCCCAAGAACGAGAGCAGUAUGAAUGGAGACACCAUGGGGCUGGUCAAGCCAACAAAACGAAAACGAGAUUUGGGAAUCAAACUACCUGAUACAAUUGACGAAAAAUCAGAGCCACCUUCAUCUACUGUUUCAUCUGUGGGUCAUGAUGAUCUUCCUGUUCUGAAAGAGCAAGAGGAAUUUUCAGAACCUGACCGAAUCACACCAAAGCCAUCCACCUCAGCAACAGUGAAGCCUAAAAGAAAGCAAGCGAAACCAUCUGAGAAAAAGGGGAAUGGCCGAGUCAAUGGUAAAUCAACUAUCAGUAAACGAGGCAAGCCACGAUCCCGCACAUCAACACCGGUUCGAGAGUCAUCGCCCAUGGCAUGCAGUGAAUUAGACGACGACACUGGAAAGGAGUCUCCAGAGGAUGGUAUCUCCUCUGUGGUGUUUGACCAUUUCUCACCUGCAGCACGUGCUUCAUCUCCUCCAGCAAGGACUCGUCAACCUCACGCUCGCAUGAGUAUAUCAGAAAUGAACAGACGAGCGAACCAAAUUUUAGAAUACAUUAGUUCUAUUCAAGUGGAAAUGGCAAGCAAAGAAACUGAUAACCGUGCAGGACAUGGCGAUACUACGAAAUCAACUGAAUUAACCGUGGCAGUGGCAAUGCAGCAACACCACGACGAGCCCAUGCGAGACGACGACGAUGAUGAUAACGAUUCGCUGAGCAGUGCAAGUACCAUUCCACUGAAUCGAGACGCAGAAGACGACGAUGAUUUACUGGAACCUCUGGACAAAGACAAGCAAAGCUCAAUGGAGAUCAUGGACAUGCUCACACGGAAACUGAUUAAAUUUCAGCGAAGAUUUGGAUCAAGAAACCGUACAUUAUACGAAGAGGCUUUCAUGGAAGGUGAGGGUCGCAUUACUCGAAGUCGUGAGGUCAGUGGCAGUGUGAAUACCUCGUAUCGAAAUAUGAUGGCUCAUUAG